GCCACAUUGAUCUGGAAGUGUCAGAGUGUCACUGUUUUACCGGGGAAAGGGGACUCUCAUAUUUUACAUUUAGUCGCACGACAGCCGUCGUCAAUGGUAUUCUAAAUGUUUUAACUGAAAGACGGGAUAUCUGCGAAAAUGACGGUGGAUUUUGAGGAAUGUAUUAAGGAUUCACCCCGAUUCAGGGCAAACAUUGAUGAAGUUGAGACUGAUGUUGUGGAAAUAGAAGCAAAGCUAGAUAAGUUGGUGAAGCUAUGCAGUGGUAUGAUCGAAGCGGGUCGUGCGUAUGUCAGUGCCAACAAGCUGUUUGUCAAUGGCAUUCGAGACUUAUCUCACCACUGCAAAAAAGAGGAGAUGAUCUCAGAAUGUCUUGAAAAGUGUGGAGAGAGCCUUCAGGAAAUCGUCAACUAUCACAUGAUCCUGUUUGACCAGGCCCAGAGGUCCAUAAAGCAACAGUUGCACAAUUUUGUAAAGGAAGAUGUUCGAAAGGUCAAAGAGACAAAGAAGCAGUUUGAUAAGGUGCGGGAGGAUAUGGAGAUCGCCCAGGUGAAGAACGCACAAGCUCCUCGCAACAAACCGCAUGAGGUGGAGGAGGCCACAAGCACUCUCAUCACAACCCGGAAGUGCUUCCGACACCUCGCCCUGGACUAUGUGUUACAGAUCAAUGUUCUUCAAGCCAAAAAGAAAUUUGAAAUUCUGGACUCUAUGCUGUCGUUCAUGCAGGCUCAGUACAGUCUCUUCCAGCAGGGCUUCAAUCUCUUGGAUGAGAUUGACCCUUACAUGAAGAAGCUGGCUGCUGAGUUGGAUCAGCUGGUCAUAGAUUCUGCAAUGGAGAAGAGAGAGAUGGAGCACAAACAUGCCACCAUACAACAGAGGACUUUGAUGCAGGAUUUUGCUUACGAUGAAUCCAAAGUGGAAUUUAAUGUGGAUGCUCCUAAUGGUGUGGUGAUGGAGGGAUACCUGUUUAAGAGGGCGAGCAAUGCUUUCAAGACAUGGAACAGGCGAUGGUUUUCAAUACAGAACAGUCAACUUGUCUAUCAGAAGAGGCUAAAAGAUGUCUUGACUGUGGUUGUAGAAGACCUAAGGCUUUGCUCUGUAAAACCAUGUGAGGACAUUGAGAGGAGGUUCUGUUUUGAAGUGGUUUCCCCUACAAAGAGCUGUAUGCUACAGGCUGAAUCUGAGAAACUCCGUCAAGCUUGGAUCCAGGCGGUUCAGGCGAGCAUCGCUUCUGCCUAUAGAGAGAUUUCUGAAAACUAUUACAUAGAGCGUUUAGAUAGGACAGCAUCUCCCUCCACGAGCAGUAUAGACUCCGCCAACGAGCCAAGGGAGCGUUUUAUUAGGGGAGAGAGUAUUCUACAGCGGGUCCAGUCUCUUCCCGGAAACGAGAUCUGUUGUGACUGCAGUCAGGCUGACCCGCGCUGGGCCAGCAUCAACUUGGGCAUUCUGCUCUGUAUCGAGUGCUCUGGCAUUCACAGGAGUUUAGGCGUCCACUGCUCGAAGGUUCGGUCUUUAACUCUUGAUACAUGGGAACCAGAGCUUAUGAAGUUAAUGUGUGAGCUUGGCAACACAGUAAUCAACCAGAUUUAUGAAGGCUCAUGUGAAGAACAGGGACUUAAGAAACCUGGUCCCAACAGCUCAAGGCAAGAGAAAGAAGCGUGGAUCAAAGCAAAAUAUGUGGAGAGGAAGUUUCUGAAGAAGAUGUGUGGUUCAGAGGCCUUGGUGGAGGGCAGCAGAAAAUUACAUCACUGGAACGUGAAAAAGUGCAGGAGGUACAACAGCUCCGUCAGAGAAAUCAGAGAAGCUCCUAAAACACGGCGGAGAUACAGACACGACACUGGCAUUGUGUCGCCUGGAAAACUUUCUGCUGCUGCUGCAGCCGCAAAGUUUAGAAGAGAAUCUUUAUUCUGUCCAGAUGAACUUGAUUCCCUCUUCUCUUACUUUGACACAGGCUCAGGGCCUCAUAGUCUCAGCAGUGACAGUGGGCUUGGCGGCAGUACUGAUGGCAGCACGGACAUCCUGGUAUUCGGCUCAGUGGUGGACAGUGUCACUGAGGAGGAGUGUGAAGACUCUGAUGAGUCCAGUGGGGAGGUUGAUAUCGAGCAGGAAGCUUCAGAUCCAGAGGACUUGCGAGAGCUUGACCCAAGCACACUGCUCCAUAAAGCGUCACGGGCCAGGAACCUGCCAGUCAUGGCUGAGGCACUCGCACAUGGUGCAGAUGUCAACUCUGUAAAUGAUGAGGAAGAAAGAAAGAGUCCAUUAAUACAGGCCAUCUUAGGGGGUUCUCUGAUAGCUUGUGAGUUCCUGCUGCAGAAUGGAGCAGAUGUGAAUCAGAGGGAUGUGCGAGGACGGGGGCCCCUCCACCACGCCACAUGUCUGAGUCACACAGGGCAGGUGUGUUUGUUCCUAAAGCGUGGAGCUUCUCAAUUGGAGAUCGAUGAAGACGGGCAGGACCCUCUCAGUAUCGCCGUCCAGACAGCCAACGCAGACAUAGUCACACUAUUGCGGUUAGCUCGGAUGAAUGAAGAGAUGCGGGAAGCAGACGGUCCCUUCGGACAGCCAGGUCAAUAUCCCAGCCGCAGUCCCACAGAGCAACAGUACAAAAAGUGUAUUCAGGAGUUUAUCUGCCUCACCAUUGAUGAAUGCUAGGGGGUGCUCUUGAGCAGUGACAGACUAUGGGAAAAGGACAUUUUAAGUGUGUAGCUUUAGUAAGGAACAAGUGAAAUGUUCAACCUCCUCCCUCCUGACCAGUCACCUGACCAGUUAAUUUACAUGUUGUGUUCGUAUGUAUGUGGUUAACACAAAAUAAUGAAAUUAAACCGCUAAUUGCAGUAUGUGACAGGUAGAGCUGUAUUGAAUUCAUGUGCAUCAUGCCAACGUGACAUUAAUUGUAAUAUAAUAAUGAAUUUAAUGAACUGAUUAACGGGCCAGCUUCAUCUCAUUAGACUGAUCUAAAGUUCGUUUCAUAUGAAUUAGAAUUUAUUUGUGAUUCAGAACGGGUUUUCCUAUUGUUAAUGAGUCAACAUGUUCAAAAUAUGACUAUGCGCACUUUUCCUACCGACAGUAUUUGUUUUUUUGUUUGUUAUUCUGCCUCAUGUUAAUAUUUAAUGUUUGUUGUGCUUUUAUUUAUGUUCCGUCCUGAGGAUUAGUGCAAUGAUAACUGGAAUACAAAAAAAGAAAAUUGGCAUUUCUGUAAAUUUUUCUUAUUCAGUAAGCUACUAAAGGCAUUUCCAUUUGUCUAAUUACACUUUUGUCAUCUUUUGCUUUUGAAAAAACUUCAAGACUCAACUGAGCCAGCUGUAGGCCUACUCAUCAGUCGCCCUCAUACACUAAAGCAACGGGUGUUUUUCGACCCCUUCUAAUGUUUUAGAGAGAUGCCAUCUAUUCAAAAUUAUUUAUAGAACCUAUUCAAAUGGUCUGUUUUAUAUAUAUUUACUUGUAUUGCCAAGCUCCCAAAUGACUGUAACGUGAUUUUAAAAGAAAACCGCUCAUCUAGAGCAGUCCGUCUGUAGAAGCAGUCCGUAUUUGCAUGCUUUUACUCGCUCGCAUACUGUAUUAGCAAGCACGGUAUCAUAUUUUAGCCACCUGAUUCUGUGAUUAUGUGAAAAUGCAUGACUGCAGAUGACAUCUGCUUUGUGUUUUCCUCUUCUUUUUUUUCCACCACAUUUAAUGCAGAUGAUCCCAGUUUUAAGACUAUGUCAGCUUGAAGUUUCAACCACAGGCACUCGUUGGUCAGAAGUGGGGGUGUGGUUUAAUGUGUCACUCACUAGGUGAUCAGUACAGUGUCGGCUUAUGAACAGAUGUUUGCCUUUAAGUGGGUAUAAAGCAGGGGUGGGGAAUGUCAGGCCUCAGGGGCGUAUGAGGCCCGCAAGACCAUUUUACCCAGCCCGCGAGGCCAUUUGAGAAAUAAUUUGAAAAACAAAAAAUGGCCUCGAUUCAAUUAACCUGAAAAACAAUUCCAUUCAUAUUAUGUUUAUAAAUAAUUGUAAAUGAUAACAACACAAAAUAUUGUAUAAUAGACAGACCUUUUAGUCUUUUGGUGUGUGAGCACGUACAUUCAUUUCAACCCACAAUCAGAAAUUGCAAGCAAUUGUAUGACCCAUGAAUCAUUUUGUAAAGACUCAAAUGGCCCUUAAUGGAAAAAAGGUUCCCCACCCCUGGUAUAAAGAAAAGAACAUCUUACAGACAUUUUUUUUUCUUCGUCUUAAUUGAAAGAAGAAGAAAAAACAAUGAAAACAUUUGUUUGGAGGAUGGAAAACAUUUUCAGAAACCUUUGGUCCACUUAUUUUUUUUUUUUAAAUCUGAGAAUAGAGAUAGUGCAGAAAAUAGAUCAUCGCAAGUAUAGUGUUGAAGGCCUUGUAAGGGACCAGUUCAGUUGUUGUAGCUGGAUAUUUUUUAUUUUUUAAUUUUUGUCGACCUGAGAAAUAAUUUUACCUGCUGUGCUGUGAAUAUGCUUUGAACUGUUCUCGAAUGGCUUGCUCUUUCUCUUCAUUCAGCUGUGGUUCUUUCAUUCAAACCUUUAACUCAUUUUCUCUCACAACAUUCGGUACAGUCUGUUUUCACACUGUUAGGUAACGUUCCGUGUUUGAAAAAAUUAUUGUAUUGUUUGUACGGCAGAAAUCUUUAAAAAAAUAAAGAAAGAAAGAAAGAAAGGAACUUUUGUCUUUUGAAACAAUAAAACAAACCGUCUUGAGCUCAAUUCUCCUCUGCUUUUUCUAUCUUAUGACACUCUCUGCAUCAGUCUGUAAUUCCUUAAUAAAAACUAUUUAAGGAAUUAUGAAGAUUUUGCAGCCAGUGAGGUGGAGGGUUGGGUCACUAUUCUUUGUUAUGAUCUUCGUUCGGGUUGUGGUGUUGGUAAAGGGCUGGUUUAGAGGACUAGUCAGAUACAGCAGAUUCAGAUGUGGCAUUCACAAAAAUAAGUGUUUCAUUUAUGAGACCCAUAGUUGUUUGGUGACACCAACAAUGCAAUAGUUAUCUCUUCAGUGGGUUUCCAUCAAAGAUCCCCUUUGGAUGGAUGUUUCUAGAUUGGAUGUGGUUUCUGUGUUAUUAUUGUCAUCAUUUAUAUUGUGAUGAUAAAUUUGUCUUCCCAUGUAUC